AAGGACACAGCAUAUCACCGUCAGCUGCAGGCAUGUCUUCAGAGAUGCAGAGAGACAGCUAUGCCGGUUUCCAGCCGCUCUUCAAGUCAUUCGCCACAAAUGCGAUCCACGUUGGUUCAGAACCCGAGCAGUGGAGCUCUAUGGCCGUAGUGCCUCCUAUUUCACUGUCCACCACCUUUAAACAGCACGGCCCCGGAAAACAUGAGGGAUAUGAGUAUAUCAAGACUGGUAAUCCCACCAGAAACUGUCUCGAGAGAGCUGUGGCUUGUUUGGAUGGUGCAAAAUACUGUGUUGCUUUUGCCUCUGGAAUAGCAGCGACUGCGACCAUCACCCAUCUUUUAAAGCAUGGAGAUGGAAUUGUGUGCAUGUAUGAUAUAUAUGGAGGAACUAAAGAAUAUUUCAGAGAAAUAAUUACAGAAUUUGACAUUGAUGCAUCUUUUGUUGACUUCACAAAGCUGGAGGAGCUGAAAGCAGCUUUAAAACAAAAUACAAAGAUGGUUUGGUUUGAAACCCCCACAAACCCUACAUUAAAGGUUGUGGACAUCCAGGCCUGUGCAGAUAUUGUGCAUAAACACAACAAGGACACACUUGUUGUUGUGGACAACACAUUCAUGUCUCCCUACUUCCAGCGCCCCCUUGCACUUGGAGCGGACAUCUGCAUGUGCUCUGGAACAAAAUAUAUGAAUGGACACAGCGAUGUUCUCAUGGGGCUUAUUUCUGUCAAUCGUGAGGACCUCUAUAAGCGACUGAAGGUUUUGCAAAAUGCUGUUGGUGCUGUGCCGUCUCCAUUUGACUGUUACAUGUGCAAUCGGGGUCUAAAGACGCUGCACCUGAGGAUGAAGCAGCACUUUAAGAAUGCACUGGCUGUUGCACAGUUUUUAGAGGCCGACCCGAGGGUGGACAGUGUCAUCUUCCCAGGUCUUCCUUCUCACCCUCAACAUGAGCUGGCAAAAAGACAGUGCCGAGGCUGUUCUGGGAUGGUCUCGUUCUACAUAAAAGGACAACUUGAGCAUGCCUCAACCUUCCUCAGCAAUCUGAAGGUGGUUGCACUUGCUGAAAGUCUUGGUGGUAUUGAGAGUCUAGCAAAGCUUCCAGCGACUAUGCCUCAUGUUUCACUGAGUAAGGAUGAAAGGGAAAAGCUGGGCAUCAGUGAUACACUCAUCCGUCUUUCAGUGGGUCUGGAGGACGAGGAAGAUAUUAUUGCAGAUCUGGACCAAGCUCUUAGUGCUGCACAUCCAAAAAAGUAAGAGGGUGAUCAAGAUCAAUCAAGAACAGAAGUGAUGCCACGUGCCACAAAAUAAUGUCUUUGUCAUCUUGUCCACAUUUCUAAUUUACUUGCUACAUGACAGUCGCUUGAAAAACAUUAAUUGCAUCUGUCACAGUACAAAAAUAAUCUUCAAGAAACUCAUUUGCCAUCAUUCAUUCAAAGGAGAAUUGCUGCUUUUGCAUUUCUACCUUUUUUUUUUAUUAUUAUUAUUAUUUUUUAGUAAUUAUAGUUUGAGGCAGUGGGCAGCCAAACAGGCGCUCUGCUAUUAAAGGUUUUAAUAUAGGAAAAUGCUUGCACUGCAAGGAAAAAAAACAAUAUCAUUCUAAUGAAGAUUUUUAUUUGCCUUUUUUAUAUAGACUAUUCAAGUGAGUUAUUCAAGAAUAUGUAACAAGAACUACAACAAAUAGAAUAGACAGCUUUAAAGUAAUGCACAAGCACAAUCAAAUCUUUAGUUUCUGCAUCAAUAAUGAGGCUCAAUCACUUCAUAAUGUUCGAAUCACCCAUCUUUGACCCGUGUGGGUUUUUCAAAUACUGAUUAGAUGCUUGAGUGUUUUUGAAUUUGUGCAUUUAUAGUAAAUGAAAUGUGAUGACUGA